UGCUUUGAAAUUUCGUAUUCUAUUUCUCUUGUAUCUCUGUGGUCAAUGCUUGAUUCUGAUGAGCUAUACUUGUGAUCUAUGUGAUACUCCACUAAGUCAAAUUUUUAUGUCGUUGUAGUAUAUAAACUUAAGAAGUGUCUGUAUAGAGAGAGCGAGAGAGAGAGUCAUCCUUCAGAAAACAGUAACGAUGGCUUCUUACGUUAGUUUAGCCAUUUUCAUGAUGGCUAGUUUUGUUCUAGUCAGGGUUCUAUAUGCCCAACGCCAAUCUGCCAUGGAAGUUGAAUUGGAAGCCUUAAAGGCUUUCAAAAGUUCCAUCCAUUUCGACCCAUUGGGAGCACUUGCUGAUUGGACGGACCUUAACGACCACUACUGCAAUUGGUCUGGCAUUAUCUGUGAUUCUGAAUCCAAAAGGGUCGUUUCGAUUACUUUGAUUGAUCAGCAGCUUGAAGGCAAGAUUUCUCCAUUUAUUGGGAACCUCUCAGCUCUGCAGGUUCUUGAUUUAUCGGACAAUUCGUUUUCCGGGCCGAUUCCAGGUGAAUUGGGUUUGUGUUCCAACCUUUCUCAGCUAACUCUUUACGGAAACUUUCUUUCAGGCCACAUUCCACCCCAGUUGGGAAACCUUGGGUUCUUGCAAUAUGUUGAUUUGGGUCAUAACUUCUUAAAGGGAAGCAUUCCUGAUAGCAUUUGCAAUUGCACGAACUUGUUAGGAUUCGGUGUGAUAUUUAAUAAUCUCACCGGCAGAAUCCCAUCAAACAUAGGAAGCUUAGUCAAUCUUCAAAUUCUGGUUGCAUAUGUCAACAAGCUAGAAGGUUCCAUUCCCCUCUCUAUUGGCAAACUAGAUGCACUGCAAAGUCUAGAUCUUAGCCAGAACAACUUGUCUGGGAACAUACCAGUGGAGAUUGGGAAUUUGUUGAAUUUGGAAUAUCUCUUAUUGUAUGAGAAUGCUUUGGUUGGGAAGAUUCCGGAGGAGAUGGGUAAAUGUGAGAAGCUUCUUUCUUUGGAACUAUACAACAAUAAGUUCAGUGGUCCAAUUCCUUCACAAUUAGGCUCUCUGAUUCAUUUACAAACCUUGCGUCUAUAUAAAAAUAGGUUAAACUCCACUAUACCACAAUCUCUCUUACAGUUGAAAGGUUUAACCCAUUUGCUUCUAUCAGAGAACGAGUUAAGUGGAACUAUAUCUUCUGAUAUUGAAUCUCUGAGAUCAUUGCAGGUUUUGACCCUUCACUCAAAUAGAUUUUCCGGGAUGAUUCCUUCAUCUUUGACAAACUUGUCUAACUUAACACAUUUGUCUCUGAGCUACAAUUUUUUCACUGGUGAGAUUCCAUCCACUUUAGGUUUGCUUUAUAAUCUGAAGAGAUUGACAUUGAGCAGCAAUCUCUUAGUGGGUUCAAUUCCGUCUAGUAUUGCCAAUUGUACCCAGCUUUCUAUAAUUGAUCUUUCAUCCAAUAGGCUGACAGGGAAAAUACCCCUGGGAUUCGGGAAGUUUGAAAAUCUUACUUCCCUCUUUCUUGGAUCAAAUAGGUUUUUUGGUGAAAUCCCAGAUGACUUAUUUGAUUGUUCAUCUCUUGAGGUCAUAGACCUAGCUCUAAACAAUUUCACUGGAUUGUUAAAAUCCAAUAUUGGCAAGCUUUCCAAUAUUCGAGUUUUCAGAGCCGCAUCAAAUUCAUUUUCUGGGGAGAUUCCAGGGGACAUUGGCAACUUAAGCAGACUCAACACUUUAAUACUUGCAGAAAAUAAAUUUUCAGGUCAAAUUCCUGGGGAGUUGUCUAAGCUCUCUCUUCUUCAAGCUCUUUCUUUGCAUGACAAUGCAUUGGAAGGAAGGAUUCCUGAAAAAAUAUUUGAUCUGAAACAACUGGUUCAUCUUCAUUUGCAGAACAACAAGUUCACAGGUCCAAUUCCAGAUGCCAUCUCAAAGCUAGAGUUUCUUUCCUAUUUGGAUCUCCAUGGAAACAUGUUUAACGGAUCCGUACCUAAAAGUAUGGGGAAUCUUCAUCGACUUGUGAUGUUAGAUUUGUCCCACAACCAUCUAUCUGGAUCAAUUCCUGGGGUUUUAAUCUCAGGUAUGAAAGAUAUGCAGCUAUAUAUGAACUUGUCCUACAAUUUCCUGGUAGGAGGUAUUCCAGCUGAGCUUGGGUUGUUGCAAAUGAUUCAAUCCAUUGACUUCUCAAACAACAAUCUCAUUGGGACUAUUCCAGUAACGAUUGGAGGUUGUAGAAAUUUGUUCUUCCUUGAUUUGUCAGGAAAUGAUCUUUCUGGUAGGCUUCCAGGGAAUGCUUUUACUGGAAUGAAAAUGCUCACUAACUUAAACCUUUCACGAAACAUAAUAGCUGGUGAAAUCCCUGAAGAGUUGGCAAAUCUGGAGCAUUUGUACUAUUUGGACCUCUCUCAAAACCAGUUCAAUGGCAGAAUCCCGCAAAAACUUUCAUCAUUGAAGUAUGUUAACCUUUCCUUUAAUCAAUUAGAAGGUCCUGUUCCAGACACUGGAAUAUUUAAAAAAAUAAAUGCUUCUAGCUUGGAAGGAAAUCCUGCUCUUUGUGGAUCCAAGUCUUUACCGCCUUGUGGAAAGAAGGAUUCGCGACUUCUAACAAAAAAGAACUUACUAAUUCUCAUAACCGUUGGGUCUAUUCUUGUACUCUUGGCUAUAAUUUUCUUAAUUCUAAAACGAUACUGUAAGCUUGAGAAAUCUAAAAGUAUUGAGAAUCCUGAACCAUCAAUGGAUUCUGCAUGUACCCUUAAGAGGUUUGAUAAGAAGGGUAUGGAGAUCACAACAGAAUACUUCGCCAAUAAAAACAUUCUAGGUUCCAGUACUUUAAGCACUGUCUACAAGGGUCAACUGGACAAUGGACAGGUUGUAGCUGUAAAAAGAUUGAAUUUGCAAUAUUUUGCUGCAGAAUCAGAUGAUUACUUCAAUAGAGAAAUCAAAAUUCUUUGUCAACUUAGACAUAGGAAUUUGGUGAAAGUACUUGGGUAUGCUUGGGAAAGUCAGAAGCUGAAGGCUAUCGUUCUUGAAUACAUGGAAAAUGGGAACUUGGAUAGGAUAAUACAUAACUCCGGAACAGAUCAAAUAAGUUGUCCAUUGUCAAAGAGGGUUGAUAUUUGUGUUUCCAUUGCUAGUGGGAUGCAAUACCUGCAUCAUGGAUAUGAUUUCCCCAUCAUUCACUGCGACUUGAAACCUUCAAACAUCCUUCUUGAUGGAGACUGGGUAGCCCAUGUGAGCGAUUUUGGAACUGCCAGAGUGUUGGGGGUGCAAAACCAAUACACAAGCAAUAUUUCCUCUUCAGCAGCUUUUGAAGGCACUAUCGGUUAUCUGGCUCCAGAGUUUGCAUACAUGGGGAAAGUGACAACAAAAGUAGAUGUGUUCAGUUUUGGUGUAAUACUGAUGGAAUUUCUGACAAAGAAAAGGCCGACUGCCACCAUUGAAGCCCAUGGACUCCCAAUCAGCUUGCAGCAACUGGUAGAGAGAGCUCUAGCUAAUGGAAAAGAGGAACUUAGACAAGUUUUGGAUCCUGUGUUGGUCUUGAAUGAUUCGAAAGAGCAAACGAGGUUAGAAAAACUGCUCAAACUAGCACUAAGCUGUACCGACCAAAAUCCUGAGAAUAGACCUGACAUGAAUGGAGUUCUGUCCAUCCUUCUGAAGCUGCAGAGGGAUGAAUUGUAGAUUUAAAUGUAGUAGUAUUGACAGUUAUAUUCAGUAUUAUAUUGUAUUUUCGUAAAUGAGCAACAAGUCAAGCUUAUCGAGUUCUAGUUAUAAACCAGUGACUAAUGGAUUCAAUAGAUUCUUAUGCUCAA